GCUAGUAACACGGGAAGUAUUCGAAGUUCGGCUUGUCUUUAACCCUUUCGCUGCACCCACCCUGUAAACUAACCGCGAGUUAGGUUUGCGAGUAGUAGCGACAUGAUGAACUGUGACAUUUUGAGUGUGGCGUACACUCCUCCCGUCUAGUCCCACACGCAGUAGACGGUGAACGCAUUCGCAUUCUCAAAUGCCGAUGCAGUGACUAACUUUGAGGUCGCAUAAGUUUGUAUACAUCUUCGGUUGUUUAAUGUUUUGUUUUAUUCGCUUGCCUUUUUUUCUAUCAUCAGGACGGCAAAUGUUGGAUCAAUGAUUUACCUUGGAGGAAUCUAGAAUUCUAGGAGAGAUCUAUAUCCAGGCGACUUGUUCUUAUCGCUUCAUCAUCUCGAGUCUUUGGAAGAUGUAACCUAUGAUAGCAAAGUUAUUCGGCCAAGUAUGUAUCUUAGAUGAUGCUGAUGUUCAAGCGUGCAUCAAUCACUCCUUGGUGAAAUUAACGAGUCGUGAGGAAUUUUCCCGCAUCGUCUGCUAUUGCUCUUUUCCAGUCAUUAACUCGGAGCAGACGACAAACGAAGCACCAAUUUUCGUUUUAACCAAGCGCGGGAAUCUUUGGGAGACGAGCCGCUGUUGACAGUUGUUUUUACGAAGGAUAAAUACACCCAGCAUCGGGCAAGUACGAUAACCCCAAAAUGGGAGAUUACAACUGGAGACAGAGCGCGGCUACCAGCGAUGAUGACUACCGUUAUUCUGGUUAUGGAGGCCGGGGACAGGAGGAGGAGGAGUUGCCUCCCGUUCAGAUGGUUCAGGAGGAGCCCUCAAUGCUCCGGGUCGCUCUCCACUAUUGCUUGACCAACGGUGGUCUCAUCGUAUGUCUCAUCCUCUACACGUGCAUGGGAGCUUGGGUGUUUCAGGCGUUGGAGGGCCCCGCCGAAGCCAAUGCGGUGGAGAAUCUUCGGCUUGAACGCUCCGAGUACAGGGAGCUCCUCAUCGACAAGUUGUAUAAUAUUUCUCAUUGGGGUGAAAUUGAUGAGGACCAGUGGUGGAGGAGGGCAAGUAGGCACAUCAAGGGGUACGAAGAUCAACUGGGCGUGGUCAUGGACAAGGAUGAAUUCAGUGCAAAGUGGAAUUUCUACGGCGCCAUGUUCUUUGCAACCACCAUCUUGACGACGAUAGGUUAUGGGAACAUCGCACCAGUCACGACCGGUGGGCGCAUCUUCUGCAUCUUCUACGGGGUCUUCGGCAUCGCACUCCUACUCAUCAUCCUGGCCAGCAUCGGGACCCUCUUAGCCCAGGGCGCCACCCUUACCUACCGGCGCAUGCACACCAUGGUCCAGAGUGUCAAGGGAGAGGAGCCCGAAGACGACAUGCUCUAUCAGCGUGAUCGACGAUCACAGGAGAUCAUCGACGAGAUCUGGUCACCACCUCCCGAGGUUCCGAAGGAUGGCGAGACGUUGCCGAUCCACCGGGUCGAUCUGCAUGAGACCGGGAAGAAGGGCAAGAAGGGUGGACGGAGGGUUGGCGGCGCCAUCGGAAAAGGGGAGCAGGCACAGCCGGAAGAACCGCAGAUACCUCUCAUCGGGAUCCUGAUAUUCGCGUUCCUGUACGUGUGUCUUCUGGCGCUGCUGAUGCAGGCGUGGGAGUCGCAGUGGAACUACUUCGAAGCCUUCUAUUUCUCCUUCAUCACCCUCACCACCAUCGGGUUCGGUGACCUGGUUCCCGCGGAUCAGAAGCAGCUCAUAGCGUCCAUCUUCUUCAUUCUCCUCGGUAUGGCCGUCAUGUCGAUGUGCAUCGCGCUCGCCCAGGACAUGAUCAUCCAGAAGGUGGCUUGGUUGAGUGAUAAGAUCAGCGUCGUCGUCGCCGGCAACAAGCGAAGGAACGUAGAGGAAGAGGAGGAGUCAUAGUCGACAUUAUACUAUAAGGAUGACGUCGGAUAUAAUACAGUAAACCUUAUGUUAAUAUGCGAGUUAAAGGACAAGUCCACUCCAACAAAACCU